GCUGGUGCGAGAGUUCGUGUCUCAGAACAACACCUCCCAAAUCAAACACGUGAUCCAGAUCCUGUCGCAGGAGUUCGCACUCUCCCAGCACCCACACAGCCGGAAAGGAGGACUCAUUGGCCUGGCCGCUUGCUCCAUCGCCCUGGGCAAGGACUCUGGGCUCUACCUGAAGGAGCUGAUCGAGCCGGUGCUGACGUGUUUCAACGAUGCCGACAGUCGGCUGCGGUACUACGCUUGCGAGGCGCUCUAUAACAUUGUCAAGGUGGCCAGGGGCUCCGUCCUCCCACACUUCAAUGUGCUCUUUGACGGCCUCAGCAAGCUGGCUGCUGAUCCCGACCCGAACGUCAAAAGCGGCUCUGAGCUCCUCGAUCGGCUUCUCAAGGAUAUCGUGACAGAGAGCAACCAGUUUGACUUGGUAGGCUUCAUCCCGCUGCUGCGUGAGAGGAUUUACUCCAACAACCAGUACGCCCGCCAGUUCAUCAUAUCCUGGAUCCUGGUCUUAGAGUCUGUGCCUGACAUCAACCUCUUGGAUUACCUGCCAGAAAUCCUGGAUGGGCUCUUCCAGAUCCUGGGAGACAACAGCAAGGAGAUACGGAAAAUGUGCGAGGUGGCUCUUGGCGAGUUCCUCAAGGAGAUCAAGAAGAACCCCUCCAGCGUCAAAUUUGCAGAAAUGGCCAAUAUCCUGGUGAUCCACUGCCAGGCAGCGGAUGACCUGAUCCAGCUGACGGCCAUGUGCUGGAUGAGGGAGUUCAUCCAGCUGGCCGGCCGGGUGAUGCUGCCUUACUCCUCAGGGAUCCUGACAGCUGUGCUGCCAUGUCUCUCCUACGAUGAUCGCAAGAAGAACAUCAAGGAGGUGGCAAACGUGUGCAACCAGAGCCUGAUGAAGCUGGUGAUCCCAGAGGACGAUGAAAUGGAUGAGGCCAAGCAGUCGAUGACCCUGCUGGCAGAGCCCACCUCGGAGGAGUCUCUCUCCAAGCCAGAGACAGCGUCCGCUGGCUCUCUGGAUGCCUCUGGUGACUCCAACCUCAGCAACAGCAGCGUCUUCACAGUAACCAG